UGUUUUGUAAAAUUUUAGCGCGCUAGCGUAACGAGCGUAACGAAACGAUCAGUGUUAAAAUGGUUAAAAUGUUGAAAACCCAUAAAUUUUAAUUAAAUUGUUAUUGAAGAGCGACCAAAUAAAAGCAAAAUGACCAAACGAAGGCGCACUCGAAGAAAACCUGAAACGUCUUGCACCACAAUCGAUCAUUUGCCGAAUGAUAUCUUGAUGCGAAUUUUUUGUCAACUGCCGCAAUACGCGAUCCUGCCAGCUUCGCAAGUUUGUCGUCUAUGGUACCAUUUGAUCAGUGGUAAUGGAUUACUGGAUGUGUUUGUUCUUCGAGUUGUUCCGGGAUAUGAUGAGGCGCGUUGCCUCGAUUACGAAUACUACAUAACCCGAACCAGCCGUCAGUAUCGACGAGCUGUAGUUGAGAUUUGUAAUCAACACUCGUUAUUGGUAGCAAUAGUUACUUUGCGCAAAAUCGGUCCGGAUCUCAAAGAGCUAAAGAUUAUCCUAGAUCAUAGAACAUUUCCGAAUAGCUAUUUCCAGCUUUAUUAUGAACGGUUGAAGGAUCUAGAAAUGGGCCUUGAAGAGUUCGAACAAAUGCUAUGGGAACAAGAAAUCGACAGCUAUGUCCAUUGCAUGAGAACUAUUGCUCGGCCUAAAAUUGAAGAAAGUGGUGACAACAAUAACAACACCAUACAGGACUUCCAGAAACCUUCCUUAGGUAUGAACCCUCAGAUAAGCGAUACUCGAACAAUUGAAGAAGUUUUUCUAGCCUUCGUUUAUAGGCAUUGCUUUCAAUUGAAGGUUUUACAUGUUCGACAUCAGAAACUUCGCGGAAGUCAUCGACCAAAAGUGGUGCUAUAUGAAGGCACCGAAAUGAGUCAGUUAGUAGAAUUAGAAAUCCAUGGAACGGAUUUCAUCAUACUGGCUGAUUUUCCAAACCUGCAAUACUUUACUGUAAAUGGUAACACGACAGGUCUACAAUUCUAUUCCGACUUCCCUGAUGCAUUUGCUAACCUUACUCAUCUAGAAAUAUACAAUGAUGAUCUGUUCGACAACCAGUGCCUGCAAGUGAUAUCAAAACGUUGUCAUAAGCUCAUAGAAUUAACAAUCAUCCUACAGAACGUCAAAAUAACUCAAAAAGCGUUCCGGCAUUUGGAUCAAUUGCAAUACCUACGAAAACUAUCCGUGGCGAUCCACAGUCCGAUAAAAGUAGCGGAUGGUAUAUUUGAAGGCUGGCCAAAAAUUUCCGUGGAAAAACUGUACCUUACAGCUUCCGAGCUAUCGCCGGAUUUCAUUUGGGACAUGAUGCGACAAAAUGACUCUCUAAUUGAAUUUGUUGUCACUACCAGAGCACCAAUUCCUUACGAACUGUUAAACUGGAUGCAACAAACGAAUCGUAAAUGUCAUUUGACUUGCAGACAGAACUUUUAAAGUGUU